GAAGAUCAACCGAACCAUAUCUAGCUAGUUCAGACUAUUCACAACCUUUGGUAGCAGAGAAGAAUAUAUAGAAUGCCUUGCUUACCGUUCAAUUAACCUAUGUCUCAAUCAAAGUAUCAAUGUUCCACAAAUAACAUAUUAUGUUUUUCCACUAAUCACACACUCUAUGCUACUAAUUACAUACACCAAAAGUGUAAUAGGGUGUGGAUAACACUACUCUCUUCCCUCUUAGCCUUGAUUGCCGGUAAUUAAAUUGCAUUAGUAAAUAGAAAUUGGACUAUUGUGUGAGUAAACACAAGAACAUGGGUUAGACAUGCCCCACAUGCCCAUGCCACUGCUAAGUUCUAAGUUCUAACUUUAAAAUAUAGUCACACUCAAGAUUCAUCCAAUACCCAAUUUCUCUAAAAACUAAAAGCAUAUAUAGCACAACCCCCACAAAGUGUAAGCCACUCCUCAAACUUGCUAAGUUUUUUUCUUUUAUAGUUUUUGUUUUUUGCUGCUAAAUCCUUAUAUACAAACUUACAAAGAGAUAUCAUAAUAAUACAAAAUCAGAGUGUGAAGUGAGCAGCUAUGGAUUGGUUCUCAUGGCUCUCAAAGACUAGCCUUGAGCCAUCUCUAGUGUAUGAGUAUGGCCUUGCCUUUGCUCAGAAUGAGCUUGAAGAAGAAGACAUAAUAUACUUGAACCAUGAGUUCCUCCAAAGCAUGGGCAUCUCCAUAGCCAAGCACAGGCUAGAAAUCCUCAAGAUUGCAAGAAAGGACAAAGGGAAGAGUAGUCCUCAUCCAGUGGCAAGGCUCAUGUUGGCUAUCAAGAGGACAAAGAAGAGCUUCGCCAAUUCCAUUAGAACGUUGGUUCGACGCCAAGAAUCUUCCUCUGCAAUUGUGUUGAUGCCAUCACCAAGGCCUAGCAGUGGUGGUUUAGGGACAAGAUGGAAGAGUGCUUUGAUGAAGAGGAAGAUGAUGCCUCCUAAGAAGCAAGAGAGACUGUUCCUCACAAAUGGAAGUCCUACCGUGCUGCCUGCUCUUGAAGGGUAUUCUAGUCCUGUGGUCUACCAUUUCCAGAAGGAGGAAAAGAUGGACCUUGGAGAUGUUGAUAAUGAUGAUGAUGGUUACUGGUCUGCUGCUGUUGAAGAGAUCAAAUGGGAUACCAUGUUCCAAGAUCUAAAGCCAAACUGAGUAACAUUUUUGCAUUUUUUUCCUCUUAAUUUUUCCCCUGGGAUUUUACUCAAUCCAUCACUGGAAAUUAUAAGUCUGAGAGGGGUAUUCUGGGUUUUUCUACCAGAGAGAUUUGUAGCAUAAGGUUGGUUUCCUACUUUCCUUUCCUUUCAGCAGUUCCAUUCUUAAUCUUAGUUACCCAGAUCAGAUGGUAAGUUUUAGCUCAUGUCUGUUUCAAUAUUGAGAUUGUGUGCUUGUUUUCAUAAAUGUAAGUUACAUGUCAGCUCAAAAAGUAGCUAGGGUCAGAGUGUGCCUGGUCUGAGUUUAUGAACUGUAUUGUACUAUUAAUAAUCCUUACUGUCACACUCACAGUACAUAAUUAACAGAGUAUAUUUUGAUGUUUAUUGUAUUAUUUGGCAUUUC